AUGGCGCUGUUCCGAAGAUUAUUUUACCGGAAGCCGCCGGAUCGUCUUCUUGAGAUCUCUGAGAGAGUCUAUGUUUUUGAUUGCUGCUUCUCUACGGACGUCUUGGAAGAAGAUGAGUACAAAUUGUAUAUGGGGGGAAUUGUAGCUCAGCUACAAGAUUACUUUCCAGAUGCUUCUUUCAUGGUUUUCAAUUUCAGAGAAGGGGAUAGGCGCAGCCAAAUUUCAGACAUAUUAUCUUUAUGUGACAUGACAGUUAUGGAGUACCCUCGGCAAUACGAGGGCUGUCCACUUCUUCCUCUAGAGAUGGUUCAUCACUUCCUUCGAUCCAGUGAAAGCUGGCUGUCUUUGGAGGGGCAACAAAAUGUGCUUUUGAUGCACUGUGAAAGAGGGGGUUGGCCUGUGCUGGCAUUUAUGUUAGCCGGUCUUUUAUUGUACCGAAAACAAUAUAGUGGGGAGCUGAAGACUCUUGAAAUGGUCUACAAGCAAGCACCCAGAGAACUUCUCCAGCUUUUAUCUCCUUUGAACCCACAACCUUCUCAGUUAAGAUAUCUUCAUUAUAUUUCCAAGAGACAUUUGGGUUCUGAGUGGCCUCCGUCAGACACACCUUUAUAUUUAGAUUGUUUAAUCCUAAGAGUUCUUCCAUUAUUUGAUGGUGGGAAAGGUUGCAGGCCUGUUGUAAAUGUUUAUGGUCCGGACCCUUCAAAUCCUGCCAAUAGAAGUUCUAAGCUUCUUUUCUCAACUUUGAAAGUCCAAAAUCAUGUUCGCCACUACCUGCAGGCAGAGUGUAUGCUCGUGAAAAUUGAUAUUCAUUGUCGUGUUCAAGGGGAUGUCGUUCUUGAAUGCAUACAUUUAAGCGAAGAUUUCGUUCGUGAAGAGAAGAUGUUUAGAGUCAUGUUUCAUACUGCAUUUAUUCGGUCAAAUAUUUUGGUGCUGAGCCGUGAUGAAAUCGAUAUAUUGUGGGAUACAAAGGAUCAGUUUCCCAAGGAUUUUAAAUCUGAGGUGCUUUUUUUGGAUGCUGAUGCUGUUAUACCUAAUCUAACCACAGUCAAUGUGAGUGAAGAUGAAAAUGAGACAGAAAGCGGUUCACCUGAGGAAUUCUACGAAGUGGAAGAGAUUUUCAGCAAUGUAAUUGAUGGACAGGAUUCUCCAAAGUUUCGUCAAAAUGUAGUAGAUUAUGGAAGCCAUAAAGAUGUCUGGAAAGAGUAUUCAGAUCCUCUUACUUUUCAGGAUUCUACGCCAGAUGAUGGGAUUAACCAACAGGUUGAAUGGACAGAUUCUGGUAUUAAUGAGGUGAAAGACAUCACUGUUGAUGAUGUGAAAUACAAGCUUGAUGAGCAUGUAGAUUCAGAUACUCAUGCAGUGAAAGAUAUUGCUGUGGAUGGUGGAGAAAAUAAGUUAACUUCCAGUGCUGUUACUUUUGAUAUGAUGGAAACCCUGGAGAGACAGGAAGACACUUUGGAUGUGCAUGAUGAGUUAGCAGUUAUGCAAAACAAUUAUGAUGAAGAAAUCGAUGCAACAGUUAAAGAAUUAGAACCUGAGGAAGGGCAGCAGACACAUGAUCUUGCCAGAUCAGUAUCUGUUGAAGAGAAACAACUUCCUUCGGACUCAAAGCCAGUGGGAGACGGAGUUGCAGAAAUGCAAAAGGCUAAACAGAAAGAACCACAGGGAUUUCAGGAAAAACAAGCAAAAGAAAAUGCAUCAACUAGGUGGAUUCCUUCUAACAAAGGUUCUUAUCAAGAUUCAAUGCAUGUUUCAUAUCCACCAACAAGGCAUAAUAGUUCACCACCUGUUCUGUCAAAUUCUACCUCUGCAAAGGAGAAAAUGACUAAUGCCAAAGGAAGACGUGUUUCCAGUUCGACAAAUGACCUGAAAAGUUGUAAUGGGGACAAUUCAAAGUAUUUAGAAAGCAUAUGGGAAAUUGACUCAAACGCCCAGCUAUCAUCAUUGAUGCCAAUUACAGAGUCAUCUCAUCAGUCAGCUACUCAAGCACCACAGUUGAGCACUGAUCAAGUGCUACAACCUCAUCUCCCCACUCUCCCUCCACCCCCACCUCCAGGCAUAUCACCAUCUUCUUCCUUGGACGGUAAAGUGUCUACGGUACCGCAACCGCCGCCUCAACCACCUCCACCUUUUUUGUCAGGUUUUGGUAAGAAAUAUAAAGAGACGGACUUACAAGCUGCAACUCAUCCUCCUCCACCCCCACCCCCACCUCCUCCUCCAUUUUUUGGGCAAAACAGAGGGAGCUCAUUACCUCUUUCUACUCAUAGGAAGCCCUAUUGUUCAACAAUUGGUGUAGUUGGAGAAACUGGCGGUGCUUUACCUCUUUCAACUCCUAUAGUUGGAAGUGUAAUUACAUCAAAAGUUUCUAAAUUAGUUGAUGCAGUCUCUCUUCUCAUUCCUCCACCACCACCACCUCCACCCCCUUCUUCUCUCCCCCUAAAAUAUGGAGUUACAUCCAUUCCUCCUCCCCCACCUUUGCCUUAUAUGGAUAGAGCUCCACCACCCCUUCCUCCUAUAACGCCAACAUUACUUAACACUCCACUACCACCACCUUUAAGUAAAUCUCAACCUCCACCUCCACCACCAUUACCUCCUACUCCUCCUGUUGUAUAUAAAGCCCUACCACCAUCUCCACCACCACCACCUUUUUUUCUUAAAGCUCUAUCACCCCCACUUGCUAUUAGUAUAGCUCCACCGCCUCCACCUCUUCCUCAUUCGAGUGGAGCCCGACCCCCAACUCUUCCUUCAACAAGUAAAACGCAACCUCCGCCACCACCACCUCUUCCUUCAUCAAGCGAGGAACCUCCACCACCUCCACCUCCUUCAAUGUCUAACACCUCACUACCCCCAUCCAUACCACCACCACCACCACCACCACUUCUUCCUCUAUCUUAUAGAGCACCUCUACCACCACCUCUUCCUUCAAUGUCUAAGGCCCCACCCCCCCCACCCCCACCAUUCUUUGGAGCUGCACCAUCUUCACUUCUUCCUAGACCAAGUGGAGCACCUUCACCACCACCUCUUUUGUCCAAGGCUCCACCAUUCUAUGGAGCUCCACCACCACCACCACCCCUUUUUUCAUCAAGUGGAGCACCUCCACCACUAUCUCCUUCAUUGUCUAAGGCCCCACCACCCCCACCUCUACCAUCAUAUGGUACUCCACCCCCACCCCCACCCCCACCAUAUCUUCCUGCAUCAAGUGGAAUACCUUCAACACCACCAACUCCUGCAAUGUCUAAGGCCCCACCAUCCCCACCUCCACCACUCAAUGGAGCUCCACUGUCACCACCACCACCACCACCACCAUAUCUUCCUGCAUCUAGUGAAGCACCCCAAUCACCACCAGCACCACCUCCACCUACACCUCCUUCAACGUCUAAGACCCCACCACCACCACCUCCACCAUUCUAUAGGGCUCCACCACCACCACCACCACCACCACCACCAUAUCUUCCUACAUCUAGUGGAGCACCACCACCACCACCACCACCACCACCACCACCAUAUCUUAAUGCAUGUAAUGGAGCACCACCACCACCACCAUCACCAUAUCUUCCUGCAUCUAGUGGAGCACCACCACCACCGCCGCUGCCUUAUCUUCCUGCAUCUAGUGGAGCACCACCACCACCACCUCCCCCAUUUUAUGGAACACCACCACCACCACCACCCCCUUAUUCAUUGUCUAACGCCCCACCACCCCCACCUCCACCAUUCUAUGGAGCUCCACCACCGCCACCACCUCCAAUGCAUGCAACACAAGCACCACCUCCUCCGCCACCUCCGGGUGGUCGAGGCCCACCUCCUCCUCCACCUCCAGGUUUUCAAGGCCCACCUCCUCCACCACCUCCAGGUUUCCGAGGCCCACCUCCCCCGCCACUUCCAGGUGGCCAAGGCCCACCUCCUCCUCCACCUCCAGGUGGUCGAGGCCCUGCUCCACCACCGCCUCCUGGAGCUCAUGCACCUGGUGCUCCCGCACCUCCUAGGCUUCCUGGUGGUGCACCCCCACCACCUGGGGCUGAUCCAAGAGGUAGAGGGCGUGGACUUGCACGUCCUACUGGUGCAGCGGCACCUCGACGAUCCUCAUUAAAGCCUCUUCAUUGGAGUAAGGUAACAAGGGCAUUGCAAGGAAGUUUAUGGGAAGAAUUACAGAGACAUGGAGAAACUCAAAUUGGACAAGAGUUUGACGUUUCAGAGUUAGAGAAGCUUUUUGCUGUAAAUGUUCCAAAACCUGCUGCUUCUGGUGGUAAAUCUGGAGGGCCGGGCAAAUCUGCAGGAUCCAAACCUGAGAAAAUCACCUUGGUUGAUUUAAGGAGAGCCUAUAAUACUGAAAUUAUGCUUACAAAGGUUAAGAUGCCGCUUCCUGAUAUGAUGGCUGCAGUACUGGCUUUGGAUGACUCAGUAUUAGAUGUUGAUCAGGUGGAAAAUCUUAUUAAAUUUUGUCCUACCAAAGAGGAGAUGGAUCUUUUGAAGGCAUAUACUGGCGACAAGGAGAAUUUGGGAAAGUGCGAACAGUUCUUUAUGGAGCUGAUGAAAGUGCCACGAGUUGAGGCGAAAUUAAGAGUGUUCUGUUUCAAGAUUCAAUUUCAGUGUCAGAUUACAGAGUUUAAUAAGUGUUUAAACUUAGUGAACUCUGCAUGUGAAGAGGUCCGAAAUUCAGUCAAACUGAAGGAGAUUAUGAAGAAAAUUCUUUAUUUGGGUAAUGCAUUGAAUCAAGGAACAGCAAGAGGAUCUGCUGUUGGAUUUAAGUUAGACAGCCUUUUAAAGCUCACUGACACUCGUGCUUCUAACAGCAAAAUGACACUGAUGCAUUAUCUUUGCAAGGUCCUAGCUGAAAAGUCUCCUGCACUCCUUGAUUUUCACCUUGACCUAGGUAGCGUAGAUACUGCCUCUAAGAUACAAUUGAAGUCAUUAGCAGAAGAAAUGCAGGCAAUUACCAAGGGACUAGAAAAAGUAAACCAGGAGCUUGCUGCUUCUGAAAGUGAUGGCCCAGUAUCUGAAGUUUUCCGUAAGACAUUGAAAGAUUUCGUUAAUGAAGGCAAGUCUCAGGUGGAUUCUGCAACACGCCUAUAUUCUGAUGUGGGUAGAAAUGCAGACGCACUUGCACAGUAUUUCAAUGAGGAUCCUGCCCGUUGUCCUUUUGAGCAAGUUACUGCAACUCUCUUAAAUUUUAUAAGGAUGUUUCUCAAAGCACAUGAUGAGAAUAUCAAACAAGCAGAAUUAGAGAAGAAGAAAGCUGAGAAAGAGGCUGAAAUGGAGAAGAAAGCUAAGAAGGAGGCUGAAAUGGAAAAGGGUAACGGAAGUAGUUUGACAAGGAAGAGUAAAAAAUAUAACAAAGAAGAAAGCUGA